GUGAGCUAUUCUCAGACCGACUGCCGAUGAUAUCGGGCUAACGAUGCCCUCGUGUUAACGUCAGGUUACAAGCAGAAUAGCGAGGAAUGUGGAAAGGAACGCGGAAACGGAGAUUAAACUGAUAUCUAUUGCUUGAAGUCGCGUUUUACGUCGAUUGCAGCCUCUCGCCGCUUCUCUGAUUCAAUCUCCCCCGCGAAUAGAAAGCGGUAUGCUAGCUCUGAAUAAUCAUGAAGUCAACUUUUUAUGGAUACAAAAUAUUUUGCGGUGAUUAAACCGUGUACCGCAUUUUAGCGUUAAUUAAAAUGAACGAAAUUUAUGGACGCUGAUUUCGUCGAGGCAGAAGAUUCUUGGGAGUUCUCAACGAUGUCCGGGUCGUCUGUAUAUAAAUUUCAUUAGGGGCACGGUCGAGUUACGGGAUCGCACCUACGCGGACGUGUCGCUCAAAGUGCGAAACUCAGUUUCGCAGGCAUUUCGACUCUCUGCAACUCGAGUCCCACGACGACAACGACAACGACGAUGAUGAGACUUACGCGCAUUUACGUCCGCAUCAUAAAUCCCGGACGUUGCGCACCGAAACAUUGCAGCAAAAGCCGGAAAGUGCCAUGAAAUCAUUCGACGUUGCACAACUGUGCCGCAUCUCGCAAGAGAUAUCCUUUCGCGCUCCAAGAAAGAGCUCGAGAGUUCAUCACUCGCGCGCGUGAGGAACUCCCGGUAGAGCCAAGCGCAGGAGGAUCCUGGAGGACGAUCUGCGUCUGGCAUCCCGCAAUUUCCUGUCGCGCGACGAAGGCAGAUUCCUCUCGGCAAAGUCAUCCGGAGAAGGACGGGACGCGUCGUCGUUUCGGCGGCGUUCCUGGCGAAACAAAAUUUCGAAAUGGAUUCCUCGGUAAUUAGUUCUGCACGAGGCAACUGCUACUUGCCUCUCGCACCUCUCGCCAGGGACUCGCGCCAUCGAGGGUAAAUUAGACGCGAUAUAAAGCUAGCGUAUCCUCGAAGGUAGCGAGGUACUUGUCGGAAAUUGCGAAUCGGAUACACGGACGCAGAACGAGACGGAAACAAAUACUUUCCGUACGGUAAGAAAUUAGAGGGAGAUGGGGAGACAUUGGUCCAUGAGAUGCUCCCGGUCGACGUUAUAUUUAAUUCAUGUGCCUCGUUAUCCAAAAACACAGGGACGGUACAAACGGCCGCCUCGUAAUUCGUAUUUAUGAGCUUGGACCGGUCAGCCCUUCGAGAGGCGCGUUCGAGCCAAGUGCACGGAGGAGGAAAAUGUCGGUGACUCGGUCGUUUCCGCUGAUAUAUCGAUUGUUGUCGUAUCAUUUCCAUUUGUUUUACUUCGAUAUACUCGAUAACCGGAAUGAAUACCAUUCGUAACUAAGAUUCUUCGUGUGUGCGUAUAUAUGUGUAUGAAUCUUGAAAUUAUUGUAUAUUAAAUGAGGAUCGAUAUGCGAAAUGGCCAGAAUUUUACGCACACAUUCAUGUAUCAUUUAUUUUACGGCUACUUUCAGGCUAACCGUUUUCCAUUGUAUUAAUUUACAUUUUUUAUUAAUGUGUAUUUAAUUUAUAUUUAAUAUAUAUUAUCUUUUAUUAGCAAUCUUCGAUGUCAAAGUAAAUCGCGAAAUUGCUUUAUGAUGAAAAAUGAUCGAAACUUCGUCAUUUCCCAAAUGACCGGUAUGCGGCUGAAGGGAUCGUCAAGCCGGUGGGUGUCCAUUUCGGAAUUGGGCACCAGGGGGUCGUACAUGACUGCGAACUCCCGAGCAAGUUGACAAUACCACUCGUUUCCGGGGAUGGAGUAACACAAAUUAUUGCUCCAUCGUGAGACACAGCUGGAUCGUUACUCUAAUAUCUGCCUAUGAAGAAAUUUCCGACAACAGAUUUUCAGGAUACAUAAUAAAUUGUUUUGAAAAAUGCGCUAAUGAAAGCAUGUAGACACAAAUAAAAUAAUAAUUGCAAUUUACAUCUAUUUUAUUAUUAAUUUUUAUUUUUUGUACAUCUUUUUCAAUUUUCUUUGACAGACCUAUCUAUUUAUGCUUUGGAGCUCUCACAUGACUGGAAAUACGAUAUUUCUGCAGCCGCUUUCGUGUCUCGAUUAAUAUGAAUCGAUUCUUUUUUGCGAAAUAUGAUCCAAUUCAUUCGCGACUUUGUUACUCUUGUUCGGUCGCGAUUGCCUCGGUCUCUUUCGUCAGCGUGAAAGUGCUUAUUCGCGGAGGUUCAUCGAUACGAAUGGAAACGUAAAACAAGAGGGCAAUUUCUCCCCGUGGUUCGCGGUUCGUUGCGAGUUUCGUUUCCAUCACGUUACGCUCGCUAGAUAGUUAUUAAUCCGGCUAAUGCAGAUAGAAUUACGCGAGUUUCUCGUUACAAGGCGCGUGAUACGCAGGUAAACUAACAAUAAACCAUAUAGAAUCUUUAUUAUAAAAAAAUAUGAAAGAUAAUAAUACCGGUAUCGAUAACAUGUAUUAUAAAAUAAUGUUUGUAUUCACAUGACAUUAAUAUCUAUUGACGUAAUAAAGAAUAUUCUUUACAAACGUGAAUAAAUUUUAUAUGUAAAAACUUCUCUCUCUUUGCUUUUUAUUCCUUAAAAAUAUGUCAGAGUUUUUCUGAAAUACUCCGAGGAUAUUAAAAAAUAAGUCAAUGAGGUUGCAACGACCCAACAACGCAACAAUAAUAUUUCGUCGAGCGAAGACAAAGUUUCGCGGAUGUUACCGUCUUAAAUCUCCGCCGAGCUGAAAAUCGCCGACAAAGAUUUCCGCGCAUAGCUACGGGGUCGCAGAAAGAAAGAAUAGAAAAACGGCUGUAGAUCUCCCUUAUGAGUUCUGCUGUCGCGGUACAUAAAUCAGAGGCCAGCUCGGGUCCCUGUAAGAAUUUAUCGAGUCUAAACGCCCACGUAAUGCAAUCCCCUUGCUGUUUUGUCGUCGGGACAUAAAUAUACUGAAAUAAUAAAACAUUCGAUUUAACGCCGCGCAAAUCUCGUGUGCAAGCUUUAAUCCACUAAUCCGCUAAUUGAUUGGAUUUAUAAUGGCAAAUGACGAACGCAUCUCUGUCUCGACUGAUCAGACAAAUAACAAAGUUCGACGUUAUGGUCACUGGUACAUCUGUGCACUCGAUUUGCGAUUUAUCAUUUGUAAAGCUACGUAAAUUAUUAUUGUAAAUAACUUUAGAGUCGGACGGUGACAUUCAACAGCGAACGUUGGCGCUUAAAUAGAGAUUGUAAAUACAUACAUACAUCGGAACGGUGAAAUAAACGGAAUUGUUUAACCAUCUCGUCACACGCUAUUGCCGUUGAUCGUGCUAAACGCGAAAGUGCAUUCAAUCGAGAGCGCGUGCAGAAAUUGAAAUGGCCCACGCGCUUAAUCGUUCGUUUGCAGCGGACGCGAAUUUAUUCGGAUUGGGCACAACGCUAUCGUGCCGAAGUAGUCUAAAUCAAAUUCUCUUUCUCCGCAACGGAAUUAGCAACUAUUAAUCUUUGCAGCUUGUCCGAACAACAAAUGUCUAGCUACAUAACGGAAACCAAUAAAAUUAUUAAAAGAUUUUAAUUAUAAUUAAACUACUAAAUAUUACCAUGUCUUUGUGCGAUUAAUCGAAACAUCAUGAAGCACUGGCUUUUCUCAUUUUGACGCGAGUGUUUUACGUCUGUCGAAUUAUUUGUCGUCUCGCGUCACAUAUCAUGAUCGCAUCGCGCCGGAUAUUUCUGAUGCGGAAGAUCCGCGACGCGAAUGACAGCAACAAAAGUCGACAUUUUUUCCAUCGAGUCCCCGGUGAUUUGCGCGCGCGCGCUCGUGCGCGUCUCGCAUGAUUUCUGACACCAUGAGGCGGCGAAGGGUGCGUACGAUAGAUCUCUCUUUACGGCCGGCCGUACUGAACGUCGCAGUGCAUAAAUCAAUGGUAACGCGGUUGAACACGGCGUGGAUUUAUCGAGCGCAUCUUUUCCCCGCGUGUAAUGAUAAAUUAUGACGAUCGAAACGACGGCGGAUCUCGGGAACGUGGGGAUGGCGAUACGCGUGUGAGUGUGUGUGCAUAGGAUGACGUGUAAUAUUGGGGGUGCCACGUCGUUUUCAAAGGGAGUGGACGCGAUAUCGACGGCGAGCGACGCGAGUUGUUGUUACACGCUCGUCGUUUACUCGCCAGCCGCCAAUACGGAAAGUCCGUAUAAUGGCGUCAUCCCCGAGGCACGUAAUGAGCAACCCUCGAACGCGUUUGGCGUUGCGUUACGCAAACAUAAGCUCGCCGAGACGGUAUGCGUAUGAUAAUGCAGCUUUCUAGAGCGAACGUUGAUAAGCAAUAUUCAUCCCCUCAUGUAGAGGUACGAGAGGACGAGAGAGAGCUCCCUUAUACCCUUCGAGAAGUAAACGAAUUAAAAGGAAUUUAUUAGGUUUUAUUUCGUCAACGUUUACUUAAGCGCUGUUCGUGAUCGGAUUGUUUUUCUUGAGGAUUGGAUUGCACAAUCUGUUUUUGAGGAUCUCUAUUAAAAUAAAGUCUGUGCACGUAUGUGCAAACGAUAAUAGUAUACGGCACAACGAUGGGAAUGUAAAAAGGACCGUUUGUUCAUUGUUCCUUCUGAACGUGGACAAUAAAUCAGUGGCACCUUUCCAUCUGUAAUUUUGCGACUGGUAAUCAGACAAUCUACAUUUAAUUAGAGAAACUCAAGGGGAAUGCUGUAAUCGCGACUACACUAAUUAACGUUACUCUAAGUAUGGGUUAGAGCCGCGGCUGCGUCUAUAGUCUACAGUACACCAGCUGUUUCAGCACGAAGCACCGGCACAGACUGACAUUUACGAUAUCAGAUACGAAAGAGAGAGAAGCGUAUAAAUUAUCAUCGUUGUCUUCCUUACAAACCUUACCAUUAUAUUCGUUCGACAAUAUGAAAAGCGAGCAUCGGCAUUAACGUAAUCUUACAUUAAUGCACCAAUCAUAAAAUGUUCUAAUAGUAUUGUACAUACAUAAAUGCAUACGGUAAUUCGUACACCUUUCAAAGCGACAUAGACCGAGAAAGGUGAAGCCUACUUGAUUCUCAACAGAUUGUUUCAUUCACAAAGUUUUUCUCUGUUUUCUUUCCAUUUUUCAUAUUCUCUUAUCUUAUUCUACCGUUAUCAUUCAUUUCAUUUUAUUAUCAGCCUGUGAGACUAGGAUCUUCCACAACACGUACAUCAAUUACGUUAAUUUAAGUUUAAUAACUUCAUUGACGGAGCGAUAUUCGAUCGACUGGUGUGCCAAGUUGAAAGAUCACCAUGAGCGGGGACCGAACGUCGAAGCAGCGUCGAUCGAUCUUACGAGAGUACUACGUGUGACAUGAAUUUCAGAUAUAUCCGUGACAGGGACACACUCGGUGAAGAAUCACUCGGGAAAAUGAGCGUGGCCGUGGAGAACGGCGUGGACACCUCGAAGCCGCGCGGCGUUUUCUCGCGAGCGUUUGCCAAGCGCGCGCAGCCCUUUGAGGAAGCUCUCAAGACAUUGAAUCACUUGAACAAGGAAGGCGAGGCGCUUGCUCUUCAAGAUGACCUCACAACGCACCCCACCUUGGCCUUGAUGCGGCGCAUCCUUGCAGAUGCACAGGCAAAAUUCCGCGUGAUGGUGGAGGAGAACGCAGCGACCGGCGCCCGGCUGGACGGCGAGCUGGAACGCGCUAGGGGUGAGUGCGCCACCCUUCGCGGCGAGUUGCGCGACGUCCGCGGCGCCCUGCCGAUUGUGCUGAAUAACAACAACGCCGGGGCGGCGGCCGGCAACGGCGGCGCCAACAGCAACAACAAUUCCGGUACAGCGACCGGUGCAUCCGGCGGCAACGCAAACCCCGGCCAGGAAGUCGAGGUGCAACAACAAGCGCAACAAGAGGACAGCAAGCGGCUGAGCGCCGGCAGCAGCCCGAUCGAGAAGAGGAGCUCGGCCAGUGAUAAAUCGGCUAGUCCCAUCGAGAAGAGAACCAGCCCGGUGGACAGGAAGGAAAGGACCAGCCCCAUCGAUCGGCGAGGCAGCCCUACAGAGCGAAAAAAUGGCUCGCCCUGCCGAAGUCCGAGCGAGAAGGCUCGCCGACCGUGCGCCCCCGCCCUGGAGAAGACGCGGCUGGGUGGAUCCGGAGGUAGCGUGGAUUCGCGAUCGGGUAGCGCCAGUCCGGAUCGAGGAUCAGCUAACCGGGGUGGCUUCCUGCAUCGCGGCAGCAGUGACCGUUCCAGCGUGGAACGGCUCCGAAUAUCGACCAACCGCGACUCCUUACGAUCCAGCAAAGAGAUGAACGAUCAUGAUCAGAAGGACGCCGACAAGGAUCUGAUGGACGGCGAUGCACGCGGCGACGAAGACAACGAGCCACCCGGACCAGCGCCGGGUAGCAGGCCAACAUCCCCGACUAAUUCCCUCGGAAUUGGCGAUCCAGUAGUGGCGUCUAGGUUGUCCAACAUUCACGGCGGUGGACACGCGGAACUGGCCAGCACUAGAAGACUGCGACUGGAGAACGAGCGGCUGGUGGCCGAGGUCGCGAGGCUGAGAAGGUUGCUGCUGAGCGGAGCAGCACGGGGUGAGGUCGGUGCCGAGGACGCGGCGAUGGAGGAAGAGGCGCGCUUCGUUGCCCUGGAAAUGGAGCUGCAGCACGCGAAAGAGGCAUUGCAGACUCUGAAGGCCGACCGGAAGCGACUCAAAGCGGAGAAGUUUGACCUGCUCAACCAGAUGAAGGCGCUCUAUGGUACCCUAGAGGACAAAGAGCGUGAACUCCGCGAUUUUAUACGGAAUUACGAGCAGCGGAUGCGGGAGAACGAGGUGACCCUGGGACGUCUUCAGCAGCAAGGAGCCGGCAUGCCAUCGGAGGAACGUGAACGUGAAAGAGAGAGAGAACGCUGGAGCCUACUAAGGGCGGCGAGGGAUGAGGCCGAUCGAAGUUUGAGCCUCGCGGCUAGUUUAGCCGACAAAGAGGCCGCCCUCUCGCACGCACACGCGACCAUAAAAGAGCUGCAACGUCAGCUGGUGGAGCGCGGCGGCGGGGGCGGAAUCUGCCUGAGUGAUCAGGAGUCCCUAGUGUCGUUUCCUCGUGGUAGCGUGAACGGCGCCGCGACUCCCGGUGCCGGCAGCAGCAGCGGGGGUGGUGGCGGCGGUGGCGUCGGAGGCGGCAGUGGUUGCGGCAUCAUCCCUCAUGUAAACUCUCAACCACCUUUGGGCACGACCGAGCUCGGCGUGUCCGUGGGUAACGUCGGCGGGGUCGCAGGGGCGGGAGGAUCCUCCGGGGGCCAGGCCGGCGAUCGCGGCAGCUGCAGUGCUGACAGCGGCGUCCGCGGCUCCAGCGAUCGCGAGAGUGGGGGUGCAACGAGUGUCGGCGGAAAUCUCUCAGACUCGACGACGGACGGCACGCCGACAAUUACGGUCGAGGGCAGCGGUCUCGACAUGGACAGCAUCUCCGUGGUAUCCUCCGUAGCACCACCCCACAUAUACCAAUCCGCGACCACGCCGAAAGAUUGCAGCCCCACGCUGUCGCCCCUGAACGCGUUCUCCAGGUCCAUGGACAACUCCUCUCUAUCACGAUCGGUCGAGCAGCUAUCCAGCCCGCUGGAAUCCGAGCCGAGGAGGAACAAGCAGCCACCACCUGUCGUCGCACCUGCCGCGCAUUCGCGAUCGUCCGCCACUCGUGGCGGCACAUGGGGAUCCAUUUCAAGAGUGUUUGCGCGUUCGCGACAUCGGAAGACGGCAAACAGUUCCAGCAGCGGAGGCGGCGGCAACGAGGGAUCCGAAGGCUUUGAUCCAUAUCGAUCGUGGUCACCGCUCACCGAGGAGGGUUAUGCUGAGAAGCUCCGUUUACUCAGAGAAGCGGCCUCCGUGCCCAUGGAACGAUGGCGGGCACCUACCGUUUUAGCUUGGCUGGAGGUGGCUCUAGGGAUGCCGCAGUACGGUCUGCGAUGCGCUGAAAACGUUAAAUCGGGCAAGGUUCUACUCGAGUUGAGCGACGCCGAAUUAGAGGCCGGCUUAGGCGUGACACAUCCGCUUCACCGGAAGAAGCUGCGCCUAGCCAUCGAGGAACAUCGGCAUCCAGGUCACAUACGGUACCCCUGCAUCGCCCAGCUCGGUCACACCUGGGUAAGCUCUGAGUGGUUGCCGGAUCUCGGUCUGGCACAAUACUCGGAGAGCUUCGCCACAAAUAUGGUGGACGCGCGCAUGCUGGAUCAUCUUAGCAAGAAAGAGCUUGAGAAACUGCUCGGUGUCACGAGGAAGUUUCAUCAGGCUAGCAUCGUCCACGGUAUCCAUUUGCUACGGAUGUUGAAUUACGACCGACAGGCGCUCGCCGUCAGGAGACACCAAUGCGAUCAGAUUGACACGGAUCCUUUGGUCUGGACGAAUCAAAGGUUCAUUCGGUGGGCAAAAAAUAUCGAUCUCACGGAAUACGCCGAGAAUCUGAAAGACUCAGGUGUACACGGUGCCCUAGUCGUGUUGGAGCCUUCGUUCACCGGCGACACCAUGGCCACCGCUUUGGGCAUACCACCGGCCAAGCAUAUGAUCAGACGACACCUCACCGCCGAAUUAGAAGCGCUCGUUCUGCCAGCAAGAAGUCAGCUGGAGGUGAUACCGAGGAACAGCACCGGCGGGGGUGGUCGUCCGAUGAGCACCGCGAGCGCGGGUGGUAGUCUGGGUCGUGGGAGCAGGGCGUUGCAUCUACAGCAUCAUCAGAGCUCGCUGUCGGCCCUACACAUGACGGCGAAUCACACCGGCACCGUCGACAGGCGCAGAUCCAGCCUCAGGACCUGCAGUCUUCUUUACUUGAAAAAGUUGUCCUGGAGGAGCUCACAGGGAUCCCUGAGCAGAGCAUUCGGUCUUCGGCCUAGAAGCGAGAAGGCAUCACCGUCGUCGUCCUCAGACACCGGCAGCCUCGCCAGCCAGUGCCAAUACAUGAGCAGCAGCGUGUGCAGCAACUCGCCGCCACCACCGCAGCUUCCGCCACGGCCGAUGACGAGCGGCGGUCUCGGCGGAAGUGGCAAGCGUCACCGUCGAGUGAAGAGCAUCGGCGACAUUGAAUAUAUAAGCACGGCCGCGUAUGGCUCGUACUCGGGCUACAGCAACGUCCUGACCUCGAGUGGCGAUCAGUACCAGCAGUAUCAACAGCCACAAGCCAGCGGCAAUUAUUAUCAUCAGCUGCAGGGCGGCUAUUACUCACCGCAGAGCACUGGGCCACCCUUUCCGAGCGUGCAAAGAUACGGCAGCCUGGCCGAGGAGGCAUGGUCCUCGUGCUCCGCCAAGGGUGACGGCUCGGCGGGUCUCUCCAAGACUAAUCCGAGGACUUACUUGGCUUAGCUAGUCGCUGAGCACUCGUCGAAGAUUCGUUGAGCUCGAACAUGCGAUUGAGAGACGUAUUCUACAACGGCGUCGCUAGUAUUAUUCUUGAAAAAGCGUACGCCUGAUUUUUAAGGAUAGACCUAUCGAUAUAAUAUCUACCUUGUACCUCCUCCAGCUUUCGUGGAUUUACAACGAUUACUCGAACUGCGGCGUUGUGCACUGUGCAGAGCCCGAUGUUUCAGGAACGUGAUGCUUGAUGGGACGCUGUAUCAGAUGGAAAUCAGACGCAGACUGUAUGAUGCUCAAAGACAUCACUAUUGACAAGUUACUGAGAAUAUAUCGUUAAACCUAAGAUUCUGAGCUUCUGAUGUUUCAUGUUCAAAUUUAAGAAUAUUAUCGAGGUGACCUGAUUGAAUUUACAAUUAUUUGGUAAAAGAAUUGAUGUGAUUUCGAGAUGUCGUCAGAUAAUCAUGAGAUCAGAUCAUCACAAUGAACAACCCAAUUAAAUGAUUAAAUAAUCUCGUUAUACGUGACAACUUAAAUAGACAAUACAUUAGCUGAACAAUGGAUCACGAAGUACUGAUCUCGGGCACUUUACGAUACGAUCGAGACUAACAAAUUCUGGGCGAGUAAACAUCGAUGUCAGUUAAUUUCAAAGUUAUUCUCGAGAAUUACAAUUAUAUGUCGUACAAAUACUGGGCAGCAUAUCGUGAUGUUAGGAGACAAGUAAGUCUGACCAAAUUUUAUUAACGCAUCGUGCCAUCGAUGACAUAUAUGCCGACGAUAUAUCUGAUGGAAAUAAAUAUAAAAUAAAUAAUAUAAUUACAUGAUCGCAGAGAGGAUUAAAAAUAAGUAAACCAAUAAUGAAGAUCCUUUAGUUUACAAUCUAUGUGUAUACUACGGUGACAAUAUCACGUAAACGGUUUGCCGGAACGAUUUUUUAUUACUAUCAUUGCGAACGUACGUUCUCUCUGUGUACUGAGGUAUAUUAUAAUUUAGAUUAUAAAUUUAUUCCCUUACCUGUAAGCUAGCACGGAAAAAGAAAGAUUGUAUCGUAAGCAUUGCAAAAGCGUUACAAGAUAUUUUCGCUUAUGAACCGCGCGAUCCUACGAACGAUCAAACGAGUUCGAAAGCUUUAAGCGUGACACAUCAGCUGGCUGAAAUUGGUCGCAACGACACAAAGAAACGACACAGUUCUGGUAUCCUUCGUGUAUGCAUGCAUAUGACACACAUGUUUACGCGUGUGUACGUUUAUUCAUAUGUAAUUUAAUUAUAUUUAUCUUAUUUUCUAUUGAUAUGUAUGUACAAAUACAUGCAUGUAAGUUUCCUGCGACCACUUGACUCUAUCGAAUAUAAGUCUGAGAAACAACGCGUUUACUGUCAAGUUAAGUGUGUUGGAGAAAUAUCGUGAAAUUAAAGAACGCAGAGAACGGAAUCGCGUCACGAAGACACGCAGUCUUCCAUUGUGUCCCAUAACUUGAUAAAAUCGAAUCCUUCUCGUUUUUGAGCCAAAAAGAAGACAUUUAAUUGCUGCCACGAUAAAUUCUUUUUCUAUAGUAUUCUAUAGCAUACAAGGAUUCUUCGAGUUCCUCGAAGCUGCGAUCGAAGAAUGUUCCAAGAAAAAUUACUGUUCAGACGAUUGCGAUUACAGGGAUAAUUUCUGAUUGCAUAUCUACGAUAUAAUUCAUUGCGACCACUUCGAUGUACGUUCCGACAGUGAAGAAAUGCAGUUAUAAACGAAACGAGUCACGUGCGCGAUUCGAUCUAAUGUAAGUGCCAGAAAAUUAUUCAAGAUGCGUCAUAAUUUGGCACGCUGACGUGCAUUCGGCUCGUUGUAUCAUUAUAUACAUAUAUGCUAAUACGUACAAUUUCCUCCCACAGUGUUCGUGUGUUAUGUUCGCGCGGUCGCCAAGAAAAGACGAUAUUUUGUAGAUAAUAUAUAUAUACAUAUAUUUAACGUGAUAUUUAUUCAUAGAUUAUAAUUAUUUCUGAAUGUUUAUGUGCGCGACCCGCAUUGCCACCUUGGUCCAUCGCCACCCUCACAUUUUUCUUUGUCCCACGAGGCUUGCUUCCGAAAAAGUAACGCUUCUCUAACAAAUCAGUCGCAGCUUAGGUCGCUCUUGCCAAUUUCGAUCUAUUGGUUCAGCUUUCUCAUUCUCUUUUCUAAAGUUUCUAUUGCUUAUUUAUAAGAUUCUUAUCCAAUAAAAUUAUUUAUUCAUCUACUAUUACUUCUUUUUAAUCAUCUUUCUACCAAGAUUAGUGAGAUAUAAAAUGCCUAAGCUACUGCAUAUAAAAUAACUUAAUUAGAUUAAAUUUUAUCACUGGAAUAUAUUUUUUUGUCUGAUGAAAGAAUUUCGUUCCGAUUUUCGUAAGUCGAUUCCGACUUUUAAUACAUCUCUUUUGAAGCUUUGAAAAACGUCUACUAGCACAAUCCGGCUUCUCUCUUACUUCUAUUUCUAUACAUCAAUUUCUUUUAUUUUUGCAUUAGCAACACUUAUAGUUUGUAAAACGUAUCAAUAUUCUUUGCAUUUGAUCAUGAAAUCGCAAUCAUGAAAAAAGACCCGAGUACUAGACUGAAACGUACGUUUGAUAUCCAUACAUUUUUUAAAAUGUAAUAAUAAUAACUGCGAUUCAGAAUGUCGUAAAUCCCAUUUUUUCGUUCGCUAAUUUUGUACGACUUUCCAGUUAGAUGGAACUAGGUCUCGCAAUGUGAGCGUUUUCUUAUUUAUGUAUUUCUCGUGUUCUCGUGAUGCGUAUUCAUGUGCGCAACGCAUUCAUCUCGACUUCGAACUCGCGCAAACAAGCGAGCGAAUAAGCGAGUGACAUUAAAUAUAUUCAACAUCGAGAGACUCAAUUUCCUUCCUUUUUUCCUUCAUUUGAGAUUCGCAUCAUUUUCCUUCUUCCUCUACCAACACUAUAAAACGGAUUUAAGUUGUGAGCUAUCUUUUUUUCUCUUUAAAAAAAAGAUUCUGUCUGAAAAAGUACUGAUUCCAUAAUGUAUGGGCACCGAAGACCGGAUGCACUCGCCGGCGUGCAGUAUAUGACAUGUGCCACCCAUCGCUGCACUUGUAAAUACAAUCCCAUCACAUAUACGUACAGACCAAACAUUAAAUGUCGAUAAAAAUCUUGUUGUUGCAAUUUAUUUAAUAAAAUGCAAUGUCUUUAUCGAUUA